UGGCAAGUAAUCAGCUGUUUUGGCGACUCCGGCCGCACGACAAUCCGCUCGAUUAUCUGGGUAACGUAAACAUUGUCACGUGGCACGGGAUUUCCAGUUUAUACAGGGUGUGUUUGGGACCUGUGUCUGGAUGUGCCGUAAGUUUCAGCCACGAGAUGGCAGCAUUUCACCUGCUGCGGCAGCCUCACCUCUGCAUGAACCGCUGACACGGCACACAGACACAAACACACGUCUUCCUGUCUUUGUGAGGACGUUUACUGACAUGAUCACAGGUGAGCAGCUAGUUUAAACUCUUUAGCAGAGUUUUUCUGGUGCGAUGGGAACAUAUCCAUACAUCAUAAAAAUAAAUUCUAAAAGCAUUUGUUCUGUGGUUGUUUUUAGGACGGUUUUAAUGUGUUUCUAGAUAUGAGCAGCAUAUCUAGUUCUGAGCAAUAGAUUUGUGAGAAAAGUAUUAAUGUUGUAUUGUACUAACGAAAUAUAAUUCCUGAAAAUAUACCACAGGUUCAUCACCCAAAGUGACAAGAGGCCACAGAAUGUCCCAAUCAAGGCUGUAAAUUCUCUGUCAAAAUCUGCCGUGCGAGGAUAUACACACACACGGAGACAGAGUAUGGGCGUGGCUUCAGUGACCCCGUGGAGAAGGGCGGACCCGGGAUCCUUUAAAGCAUCCCGGUCGGGCCAGGAUGCUCUGCACAAGCCAGCAGCUUCACUUCGCAUCGAGAGAGUCAGCCUCCACCCUCCAUCCUCCACCCUUCAUCCUCCAGCAGGUCUGUGCAGCUACUAUCGGCAUGUCGAACUCGGACAGGGUUGUGUUAGCUCUAGGAGGAGCGGGAAAAGUGGGCUCCGGGAUCGUUAAAGGACUGCUGGAUAAAGGUUUUAAAGUUGCAGUGAUCUCCAGGGACAGCAGCCGCCUGGAGAAACUCCGAUCGUUUGUCUCUCCCAACACAAAGGAUAACCUAACCACUAUAGUGGGAAAUGUGGGCUCAGAGGAGGAAGCCGAGCAGGCGAAGCAGGCCCUGCUGAAGGAGGUGGGGAAAGUCACCGACAUAGUUUCCUCUCUGGGCUUCAGCUGGUGGCAGGGAGGACCCCCACACACCCAGUCCCUCAAAGAUCUACACUGGGUAAUUGAGACGUUGCUUUUCAGCACAUUUGUGUCAUGGAAGGCCUUCUACCCCUUGGUGAGGGACGACUCCAACUGUACCUAUACGUUCAUCACAGGAGGAGCAGGAGAGAAGCUGCUGAUGCCUGGUACAGGCUUCCUCACAGUGGGCGCUGCCAGCACCCUGGCUUUCUGCCAGGUACUCCGCGAGGAGUACCCCGAGGUGCCCUGCAAACUCAACCAGGUGAAGAUUAACACAGGUGUAGCCACUCCUGAUCACAUGGCCCCCGGCUUCCUCAAUCAUCUGGACCUGGGUGAGGCUGUUGCCGCCCUCAUCGAAAGACGAAACACCUCCCACACCGUUUUCACCAUCAACUGCCCUGCAGACUUAAAGAGCGUCCUUCUGGAGAGGAACCUUUAGACUCCAAAAAAAAGACCCCACCUUCCUCCAGCAUCUCCUGGACAGGAUCGCACUGCUUCUUCUCCUGCGCACUCCAGAAAUAAUCUCCUUUGAUUUCCUGUCAUGCAACUCUGAAACCCAUCCAUGCUAGGCGUUGCAUAUUUUCCUUCCAGUUCUCACAUUGUUAGCAAGUUUUCUCUCAGCAUGUGCUUUUUAUGGGAUAUGUAAGAAAACCAACACCUUCUCCCUAUUAUCUGUUUCUGUGCGUUGUUACAUAGUCUGUUCUGCCAGCCGCGUCAACAGAAGACGUGAUACACAGCUCCUUUUUGGUAUAAGUGUCAUCUUAAGGCCAAAAAAUCAGACAGAGCACAUUGAUAAUGACUGUAGCCAAGUUAGCCAAGAUCCCAACAACUGGUCCAAAAUGUAAAUGUAUCUACAGGCCUAGACUGUACUCAGUGGAAGUUUUGACCACUACGAGUUCAACGGAAUAAUUUUUUAAUAAGCUAGUUCUGCAGCAGCAUGCACUCAGACAAGUGGCUGUUACUACCAACAAAACACCAAUGUCCAAACAUAGCGCUUAGGGAACAGACGCAAACAUGCAAAUAGCGCAAGACAAAAAUCUUCUUUGUCUUCAAUGAGGUCGCUGGGCCUCAAAGAAGCACUAAAUGUAACUGUGUUUCCAUGGCAACACCAUGAGGCCCGGUACAGUUAAAAAGCUGAAGAGAACAAACUGUCACACUUCAGCCGUGCAUGUAUCUGGACAGACUUUAGGAGUUCAGUAUGCUUGAAAUUUAUCAACCAUGACUAAAGAGAACGUGUUGCUACACGAUGGAGUUAAAAAGUUUGCCAUUGCUGCAUCCACUUUCUCCCUCCCCUCUUGCUUCUCUGAGAGCUUCAGUGUUUCCCGGCGGUGUAAUCGCACUUAACUCUGUGAAGUAUCCUGAUUUGUUUUAAAAGAGAGAGACAAACCUACAUCCCACAUCUUUUUGCCAACUUUCUAAAUCAUUUCAGAAGCUUUUAGAUCAUCCAGGAGACACUUUGUUUGCAGCGUGCUUUAAGUGAGCAAGUUCAUACAACAUGUCAGACUGCUGGUUUUGGAAAGCUCAGAUACAGUCAGAUGAUCCAGCCAUCGAAGUAUAGCAGCUAAACUGGAUGAAGAUUGCGACAUUUGCCUGGUUACAGAUUCAGCAGCUUGAGCCAUUUUAGCCUCUUUGUAGCGCUUAUGCAAAAAAAAAGUUUUACAAACACAAAUAAACAAGAUAUAGACAAUA